AUGUCCAUGCGGAGGUCUGCUCGUUUAAGCAAAGCAGCAAGCCGGAUCAGCGUAGCAAGCAAUGCCAGUUGGACAUCGAGUCUCAAAGAUGCUCCUCCACUUCCGAAUAUUGCAGACGCUUGGUUGACGGGAGCUUCAAACGCUCGUGGACCCCGGCCUUUGUCUGUCUCCCGAUUUGCCAACCCUCAGUAUCGUGACUCGAUCGCCUCCAGCUCUCUCCAACCGUUGCAAGAGGAAUCUCCUGUUGAGCCCAAUAGAAAGUCAUACGUCUCAUUCGAGAGCGACUCGCAAAUGGGUGGUACCAACGGCACUGAUUCCGACACCUCGCACGCAGCGCUCCAGAGCUAUUUUGAUGAGUCAGGCAGCAGUGGGCCUACAACAGAGGCCGGUGGCUCAAUCAACGAUCAUCUAACCCACGCCAUCGCCGCAGAUGGUGAGGAGCCUGACGAAGAGCUAAAUCAGUUCCUCAAAGGUGAUUCAUGGGACAACGUCAAAUGGAUGCAGGGUGCCCUCAUUGGCCAAGGUUCUUUCGGCAGUGUCUACCUUGCUCUCCACGCAGUCACUGGGGAACUCAUGGCAGUCAAACAAGUUGAGGUUCCGUCCGCCCACAGCAAUAGCACAUUGGACAAGCGAAAGGAGAGUAUGCUUGCCGCUCUCAAGCAUGAAAUUGAUCUUCUGCGUGAUCUUCAGCACGAGAAUAUAGUCCAAUACCUUGGCUCCAAUUCUGACGAUCAGCACUUCAACAUCUUCCUUGAGUAUGUCCCUGGUGGUUCGGUGGCAGCAAUGCUCAAUUCCUACGGUCAGCUCCAAGAACCUCUCAUUCGCAACUUCGUCCGCCAGAUCCUUGCCGGCUUGUCAUAUCUGCACGGAAGGGACAUCAUUCACCGAGAUAUCAAGGGCGCCAACGUACUUGUUGACAACAAAGGCAACAUUAAGAUUUCUGACUUUGGUAUCUCCAAGCGUGUCGAAGCCUCUGCCCUACUCCAGCCUCAGAAGAACGGUGGCCACAUGCACCGUCCGUCUCUUCAAGGAUCCGUUUUCUGGAUGGCUCCGGAAGUCGUUAAGCAAACCUCCUAUACCCGCAAAGCGGACAUCUGGUCAUUGGGCUGUCUGAUCGUGGAGAUGUUCACAGGAACGCAUCCUUUCCCAAAUUGUUCACAAUUGCAGGCAAUUUUCCAAAUUGGGAACUCGAGUGCGAAGCCGACCACGCCAGAGAAUGCUAGUGAAGAGGGCCAGGAGUUCUUGAGCAAGACGUUCGAGAUUGAUCAUGAGAAGAGACCGAGCGCUAACGAGUUGUUACUCUCGCCGUUUUUGAAGCAAAUUGCUUGA